GCUCCUACAUCAACAUCUAUCUGCUUUAAUCAAUCCUAUUUGAUAGAGUCGCCAUCAACUCCAAAGCGCCCACUCCGUUCUGGUGUACGGGCCUGGCAACCGUGGACUUUGUCUGCCUAUCGCGGCUGUCCGAGAGGUUGUUGAUACUGGGCUCCCCUAUAUCCCGUCCCUUAUUCAUUGCCAAAUCCAAUAGCCAGGCCGCCGCCAACUUGGACUGUCAUUUUUAUGACCUGAGCUGAGCUGACCCGACCCGACAGUCAUUUUUUCUAUACCGUCUUUUCACCAACGGAAACGUACAGUAUUUCCAACCAACCUAUGUACUUGUCCAUCCUAGUAUCGUUUCAGCCAAAUCGCCUGUCGCUGCAGGCUGCCUUCUUCGCUUCUGGGCUUUCUCCUGGUCCUGUCAGCCCCUCGCCGUCCACUCGCAUCCGAGCCUGGUCCCAGCGCGAUCACCCCUCUAACCAGCAACCCCCCCUGGAUUCUUGGCCCUCUUCUCCGUUCUCUGCUUUCUGGAGCAAGCAAGGCCUGCAACCUCCCACGACUCCUGCGACUCCUCGUAAUUCUCGUGGCAUGCUGCUGUGCGUCGCCUCGUCUGCGUCAGCGUCACGAACCGCAAUCCCCAGAAACGGCAUCCCUUUUUGACGAGCAAUAGGCCUGCCGCUUUCUACCAUGCCCUGAGGGGAGCUUUGCAGGCCGCAAUAUGCUCAAGAUACAGAACCGCCGCCGUGCCGCCAGUAUCCACUCUUCGCGCACUAUCCACGACCCCUCCGGCGACUCACCGUCCGCUUCCGUGCGUAUCACUUCUGCUGCCUCCGUUCAAGCUUCCGAUCAACAAUCCUCGACAACUCGGGCUGAUCGCGCCUGGGGCCUCAUGAACGGCAUCGUCGGUACCGCCCCAAUGGGGGCCAUGUAUGUCCGCGCCCUCUACGACUACGAGGCCGACGAUCGCACUAGUCUCAGUUUCCAUGAAGGAGAUGUAAUUCAAGUCAUCACCCAGCUCGAGAGCGGCUGGUGGGAUGGCGUUAUAAAUGGUGUUCGAGGCUGGUUCCCUAGCAACUACUGUCAGCUUAUCACGAGUCCCGACGAUAUACCUGACAGCGCCCACAAUGGAACCUUUGACGCUGUCGAGGAUGAUGCCGAAGACCCUGAGAUGUAUGACGACCAAUAUGACCAAGACGAUGACUCCGAACAAGACGGCCCUAUCGCGUUGCCCCUCGAGGGGACCGACGGAGGAGAUAGUUCGAGGGCCGACUUUUGGAUCCCACAAGCUACUCCCGACGGGCGCUUGUUCUAUUACAAUAUGAUGACAGGAGACCGCAGCAUGGAACUGCCCCUGGAGUCUCCCGUAUCUUCAAACGAGACUGGUCCGCGAGAUCGAAUGAACGUCAAUAUCCCCGACAAAACCAGGCCGCCCCCUGAGAUGAUGGCCCGUGGCUUGACUCAAGAUGAGGACGACGAGUAUCUGACGUCCGCAUCCGAGGCCGAGGGCGACUCAUCUAGACUGGCCUCACGCCGUUCCAAGCAUACUAAACGCGCCUCUUUCGGUGCCUUAUCCCCAUCAACCUCUAUGGACUCCAUCAACGGCGCAUCGCCUGUUGGCCGUCUGCGAAAUGGUGCCUCGUCCAAUGGCCAUCUUACUGCAGGACAGGUCCCUAAUAUAGCAUCCGCUACCUCUUUUACUAGCACUACCUAUAACUUACCGACCACAGCUACCGUUCCUCGAUCGUUUUUCGACGACGGCUCUACGCCUUCACUCAGCUGGACUCUUCUUGUCUCUAAUAUGCGACGUGCUAUUGAUCGGUAUCGGGAAGCCAUCAUGAACAAUAACCGCUCAGAAUACGUAGCAAAAGCCGAAGACAUAUCUGACCAUCUACGACUGCUACUCGCUGCUGGGUCAGGGACUACCGAUAACCACUCUGGUCAGCCAUCUAUCAUUUCAACGAACAAGGCCCUCUACCCCCACUUCCGAGACAUGAUGUCCAAAUUCUCCAAGCUCGUAAUCUCUUCUCACAUAGCAGCUGCAGACUGGCCCAAUGCCGAAUCCAUCCAGAAGUGCCUUCAGGAAGCUGACGGAGUUCUCAUGGGCGUAUACAGCUAUGUGGAAGUGGCUCGACAACAACGAGGCGAGGAGAUUCCUCGACUCUUCCCAGGCUUUGUGAUUGGUAGCAACACAGGUGGGAGUUGGCAAAACAACGGCCUGGGCCCUCGAGAUGAAAUCACGGCCAACUUCCUCGAAGAUGAAGAGGGCGUCGUGGAGCCAACUGCAAUUCUCGACAACAAGAUGCUCGAGCGACUGGACGAACAGAAGCGCAUUUUGGUAUCCAGCAUCCGAGAGCUCGACAAGAGCUUGGUCGUCCUAGAGAAAAUAGUUACACCCUACAGGCAUGAAGUUAUCGGAAACAAUGUUUGUUUUGCCGGUGGUAGGGUACUCGAUACAUUCAGACAAUGGAUUGCCAUGAUUGAAUCGAUCGAUCUGUCUUCCCUUGGCAACAGCUUUCAGACGCCUCAAUUAGCUGACCUCGGAACACACAAGCAGAGCCUUUACGACAAUAUCUCUGAUCUUAUUCUUGGAUGCCAAGCUGUCGCCGGACCCUUGGCUGAUGAAUGGUCCGAAGUCCGUGGUGAAGCACUGGAGAAUCGGCUGGAAUAUGUCAGACAAUGUGCCAGAGCCCUGGAAACCAACUCUUCACAUAUCGGAUUCUCACUUCAACUAUUGUCUGAACAGGUUCAAAUUAACAUGCAACAACAUCAGGCUGAAGUACGACCUCGGGAGAAUUCCUUUGUCCGAAGCACCCUGCAACGAGGCGAGACAAUGCCUUAUGACCGACCGCACCAGCGAACAGAAUCAAGGACUGCUCCUGUACGACCACCACUUAUUACAUCACAAUCUUUCACCGAAGGCGAGCCUGCUCCUGGCAAUAUGCGACGAGGCGAUUAUUCCAAGGUCAAGAAGAUAUUUGGCGAAGAUCCUUCGCCUCAGGUUCCCGUGACCGAAGAUACACCAGAAUUCUUACUCCUAGAUUAUGAACAUGAAGUCUCCUGGGAUAGCAAGACCUCACCACCUACUGUCAAGGGAGGAUCCCUCCUCGCUCUUGUUGAACAGUUAACUCGCCACGAUAAGCUCGAUUCGAACUUCAACAAUACCUUUCUUCUCACUUACCGAUCAUUCACAACAGCUCGGGAACUUUUCGAGAUGCUUAUCAAGCGAUUCAACAUCCAACCGCCAGAAGGUCUAUCACAGGCGGAUUUCGAGAUUUGGAGGGACCGAAAGCAAAAGCUUAUUCGCUUCCGUGUUGUUAACAUUCUAAAGAAUUGGUUCGAUAAUUUCUGGAUGGAGGAUUAUAACGACGAGUCAAAACAACUUGUUCGAGAUGUCUACAGUUUCGCUAAAGACACGGUCAAGUCUACAGAAACUCCUGGUUCAGCACCCUUAAUGGCGGUCCUUGAUCAGAGGCUCAGUGGAAAGGAGGCUGGCGCUCGCAGGAUGAUUCAAACUGUGAACCAGAACACGCCAACACCGAUCAUGCCUAAGAACAUGAAGAAGCUCAAGUUCUUGGAUAUUGAUGUCGUUGAGUUUGCCCGCCAGCUCACCAUUGUCGAAUCUCGCUUGUACGGCAAGGUCAAGGCGACAGAAUGUCUGAACAAGACGUGGCAGAAGAAGGUCCCCGAGGGUGAGCCCGAUUUGGCCCCCAACGUUAAAGCACUCAUCCUCCACUCUAACCAGAUGACCAACUGGGUUGCUGAGAUGAUUUUGGCGCAAAUGGAAGUCAAGAAGCGAGUGGUUGUUAUCAAGCACUUCGUUUCUGUUGCUGACCGUUGCCGCUCCCUGAACAACUUCUCAACAUUAACAUCGAUUAUUUCCGCAUUGGGCACUGCACCCAUCGCUCGUCUUAAGCGAACAUGGGACCAGGUACCCCAACGUACACACGCUACAUUAGAAUCGAUGCGGCGGGUGAUGGCAAGCACCAAGAACUUCGGAGAGUACCGAGAGGCUCUUCAUGCAGCCAACCCCCCUUGUAUCCCUUUCUUCGGUACGGACCCCUUUCCCCGAAAAGCAGGUGACAAAUCACAUUAUUAACAAACAGAAAAGGUGUCUAUCUAACUGAUCUGACGUUCAUUGAGGAUGGCAUUCCGUCCAUCAUCAAGAAGACUAACCUCAUUAACUUUGCUAAACGUGCCAAAACUGCUGAGGUCAUUCGCGAUAUCCAGCAGUAUCAGAACGUGGGGUACUCUCUGCAACCAGUGCCUGAGCUGCAAGACUACAUCUUAAAUAACAUGCAGGCUGCUGGGGAUGUUCACGAGAUGUAUGACAAGAGUUUGCAAGUUGAGCCUCGUGAGCGAGAGGAUGAGAAGAUUGUGAGGUAUGUUGCAUUGCGGAAUACGCCCGCAUCGUAUGGAGCGGUGCCAUCUUUCUUCUAAGUUCCCCUGGUUUAGUUUUGCACAAUGAUGGAGGCCACUUCGCAUUAGUGGCUUGCCGUCUUCAGUUAAGAUGAAGAGACAUAUGCUUACUUGAUGUUUCUUAAUUACAGGGUCUUGGCCGAGUCUGGGUUCCUAUAAACACCAGACCCAUGCAACUGUUUGAAUGAUCGAUGCAGCUUGCAUUCUUUCAAGCAACGAGGCAUCCACAACAAAAUCGAGGAGGGCCAGGAGGGGUAGUACUACGACCCGGCCCACUGAUCCUCGGAGCUCACGAUAGUCCUGAGUGGCCAUUACAUGGGACGGAUAUCACGCGAUGGACGCCGCCCAUGAUUGAUAGUGGCAGGAAGAGGCACAAGAAAGCCAGCACCGCAUGGUCGGGAGGCGGCCCGGAAAAGUUGGUGUGGUGGGAAAUGAUUGGUGACAGGGGGUUCCAAAGUGCGGAGAUGCUCGGCAGGGCAUUGAUAAUGCUGGGAGAGGCAUUUUGACAAAGGCUCCGGGCAAGGCCGAGAGGCAACCUUUACGUGAAGGAAUGGGUUAUUUGAUGAUAAAUUUAUUCGGCGCACCAACAUCCAUAUUGAGAAAGCCUGCAAGGGAGAGGGAUUGGGAAACUUGGUGGACACUGAUGGCAUUUGCAACUGUACGCUGGCCGCACGAGGAUUGAAUAUACCUGAAAGACCCCAGAGGUAGGGCGCAUGAUAUGAUGGGAAGCAUCUAGUGGAGCAUGGUCAAUUCUUUUACAAACAAACAACAUGAUUGUGUAUCUGUAUAGUUCAAACAAGGGACCGUCACGUUAGCUCGGUUAUUCGUAUCACGGGCAAGUUGGUAGUGAUUCUCGAAUCGAUCGAUGUAUGGAUUUUUAGUGAGAAUCAAUCACGUUGAUGUAUCUGAUAAUUUCCCCGAAUUUGAGUUCAAUUCACUCUUAUGCAAGGAGCGCUGACCAGAAACAAACGAAUAUGCA